GAGCGAGAGGGAGAGGGGCAGUAGAGAAGGCUGUGCAGAUUAUCCUUGCAAAGCAUACGUGGCCGCACGAUUUUCUUUAAUGUUUGCCAAAGGAAAGGGGGCCUGAGUCGAAUAUUUCGAGCAGAACAAGGCAGCUUACACUUAUACGCAAAGAUGACACUCGUCAGAAAUAUUCGACUCAGACAAAGGCCUGAUACUCUGGCAACCAUGCCUGCCCCUGUUAUGGUGCAGUCUGCCCCAGCUCAACCAUCUGGCUUUGAGUCAGGAACAGAAAUCAAAUCCAUUGAUGUCAUUGAGCAUGAUGAAAAUGGUGGAGCUGAGGCAACCAUCAAUAACUUAUUGGCAAACAAUAAAGAAAAGACACCGAUGUGUCUGGUGAAUGAACUGGCUCGGUACAACAAGAUUCCACACCAAUACCGGUUAACAAAUGAACAAGGUCCAGCACAUCGAAAGCAAUUUACAGUAACACUGAAACUUGGUGAAGAAGAGUACACAGCAGAAGGAGCAAGUAUUAAAAAGGCCCAGCAUCAAGCUGCCAGCAUUGCACUCUCCAAAACAAACUACAAACAUCCCCCUUCCAAGCCUCGCACAAACAUUCGUCUUGGAAAGAACAAUAUAACUCCCACAGUGGAGCUGAAUGCCUGGGCCAUGAAGCGAGGGGAGCUAGCCACUUAUCAAAUGAUACCCAAUGCAGUUCCUCAAAUGGCUCAUGGACACAUGGGCCCUCCAUGUCCACCAAUGGGGCCAGGUGUCGGGCACAUGCCUAACUACAUGACGCCAGUAGGACCUCCACCUCCUCCAUACAACAACUACUUCAGGCCAGCAUAUCCAGGCCAGGUGAGGCCCUCAAAUCCGUGUGGAGAAAUGGCUGCUUGGGGACAUCCUCGGCCUCCCAUGAAUAUGUACAGGCCACAUCUGUCUAAAUAUGAUCAGCAGGUAGGACAGCGCUACUAUGCGAAACCUUCAAUAUACCCAGGCGGGCAUCCAACCUUCACUGUCAUGGUUCGAGUAGGAGUUAGAGAAUUUGUUGGGGAAGGAGCCACGGCCCAGUUAGCAAGACAUGCAGCAGCUGCAAAGGCAUUGAAUGAAAUUCGUCAGCUUCCUUUGCCUGAUGAGAAGACUCCAGCUGUCUCUGAAAAUGGCUCUUCUUCAAACAAGGAAGAAUCGAACUCAGAAAUUAAGUCACCUAUUUCACUAGUGCAUGAAGUUGCCUUACGGCGUAAUCUUACGGUUAAAUUUGAAGUAAUUAGAGUCACUGGCCCACCACAUAUGCGGUCUUUUCACACUGUGUGUACAGUAGGCGAGUUCUCAACUGAGGGAAUUGGUAAUGGAAAAAAGCUGUCUAAAAAGAGAGCAUCUGAGAAAAUGCUGGAGGAAUUGAAAAAGCUUCCACCUGAGUCACCUUGUGUUGUCUCUGCAGCUGCAACUGCUAAUGCCAAAAUUAAGCGAAAGCCAACACAGAAGAAAAAGUCAAGGAAUCUUAUUAAGGAACCUAAGCCAGCAUCCCCAGUGGAGAGCCCAACUCAUGUUGCUGCUACUGCAGCACCUGAGAAAGAAGACAUGAAUCCAAUCUCACGUUUGAUUCAGAUACAGCAAGCUAAAAAGGAACAGGAGCCUCUUUAUACCCUGGAAGAGGAGAAAGGUGCCCCUCGACGUAGAGAAUUUGUUAUGUCUGUGAAAGUUGGAGAGCUUGUCUGUAAAGGCACAGGGCCAAAUAAGAAGCUAGCCAAGCGAGCUGCUGCAGACGCAAUGCUACUCGAACUAGGAUACAGCAGGCCCCCACCUGGAACUACUUUAGGAACAACUAAGCCUUCCAAUGGGAAGGAGUUACGAAAGCCAAUGGAUACACCACCAGUUGGAGGGACUGCUGGCAGACAACUUGUCCCUGGUCUCUUACUUGUGCCUGAUGCUAGUUACAGCCCCCCUAUCAAGGGCACAGUUAUUUCUCCAGCUACUUCAUCUAUUGCUAAAGAAUUACUUCAGACUGGUAAAAAUAGUGCUGAUCCUCAGUCAUCACAGAGCACUGCUGUUGUUAGUCCCAAGGAUCAGCUUUUAUACCUAGCCCAAUUAUUGCAGUUUAAAGUUCAAUUCUCAGACUUUCCUAAGGGCAAUCACAGUGAAUAUCUUAGCUUGGUCACUCUGUCCACUUGUCCCCCUCAUGUUUGCCAUGGUGCAGGACAUACUGUUGAGGCAUCUCAUGACCAGGCUGCAUAUACAGCAUUACAAAUGCUCGCCGAAAUGGGACUAGAUAUGUUUUCAAACAAGAAAGAGGCAACUCCUAGUAACAAUUCGUCUUCAAGUGGGACAGAGGGAUCUGCCCCUUCAUCUUAAGACUUCAGUGCUGUGAAAAUUCAAGUGGCAAAAGAAAAAUUAACAAGGAAAAUGAAGCUGAAUAGUUGUAAAUAACUUGAAGAAACUGUGAAUAUUCUAAAUGUAUUUUCACAAAAUGUCCUAGAUGCAGGUCGCGGCCACCCUGCAUCUGGGUCUUAUUUUUGUGAAGUACUUUUUUCAUACAUAUUUUUAUUGUAUUUCUGAAUGCCUUACUCAAGAGUUAAGCAUAAAAAUCUUAUCUCCUGUGUUGCUUCACAAGCCAGAAGUGAAGGAAUUCCCUUUCAUAAUUUUGUUUAGGAGUGGGAUAAAGACAUUUUAUCUGAUUAUUUUUGACAUUGGAUGUGCUCUUUUGCUGCCCACAUAUGCUUCAGUUUUGGGAGCUGCUGAACUUAUUAUGACUAUAUUUUUAUUCCUUAAUGACUUAAGACUUAAUAACUAAGAUUUUAAAAUGUUCAUUGUAAAGUGUAUGAUUCUAUUGCAAUGCAUAAUUCUGUAUUUUAAAAAGAAGUUGACCUCUGGUUUUAACGUUGACUUAUAGCUUUUGAAAAUGCUUAUUCUAUAUGUGAUUUUAUUGAUUUAUUGUAAGUAGCGUGUCUCUUGGAGAUAUGAAGAUGAACUUUAUUUAUUCAGAUUGAGUCUCAAGUUUGGCAGCAACAAAGGUGUGGUUUACUUGUACGGUAUGAAUGUAAUGUGGGUGUCCCAUUUUUCAUACAUGUACUGUGUGUUCAGUGUUGUUUGGCACUGCCAAAGUGAUAUAACUUUGUUAUUUUUGACAGAACAAUUGAUAUGAUCAAUGACUAUUCAGUGGGAGUCAGCAUUUUGUCAACCAAAGAAUUUGAUGCCUUACAUUUUGUAUUGUAUCAACUAUGUCUAUGUAUUGUUUUUUUUUUUUCUUCGAAUUCCUAAUCAAGGGAACGAAAGAUCAGAAAGUAUCGUUAUUUGUGCUAAGUCUUUAUUUCUAAUUUCUUUGAGUAAACAAAACUUAUCUCACGAGCUUCCCAUAGAUGCUAUGAUUAGUUUUGAUGUGUCUAUUUUGUCCUCUGUUUUAUGGAUUGCUUUUCUGGUUUAACUGUCCUAUUUUUUGUAGCGUUAUUCAUUCCUAAGUGCCUAGAUCUGUUAAACCUUGUAUUGUACUAUGUGUACAGAAAUUUGAGUCUUAGAAAAGUGUUACUUUAAAAGGGGGAAAAAAAAAGAAACUGCACUCACUUUUAACAUUUUUAUUUCUUUGUGAAGUAAGAUUAUAAUCUCUGAUAAUUUAUUGGCUGUUUGAAUGAAAUGGGUUUUUAUUCUAUUUAUACUUACUAUGAAAGUAAGAUUUGACCACAACUGUUUUCUUUUGUUUUGUCCUACCAAAUAAUGUAUUGUGAUGGUUUUGUUUUAACACAACCCUCCCCACGUUAAGUGAUGGAUUGAAUAUGGCAACUUUCAUGUUGGAAUGAACGUCUAAGCAAAGUAUGUGUAAUUUUGGGACAUGGAGGUGUCAUAUCCUUUCCCAUGCCUCACUAUUGAAUGUUGCAUCUAUUUUCAUGUGAUUUCUCCAUUUAUGGCCAUCAACAGUCUUUUUUUCUUCCACAAUAAAUUAUAAGAUAGCAUCUCAUUGUGAUUAGGUUUAUCUAGUUCCAGCUAGCCAGUCAAACUGGUUUCUCUGGCAGUCAAUUUUUUUUCCUUAUUUUUACAAAUAAAACUGUUUAAACUUUA